AUUUAUAUUCUAACAACAAAUAUCUACAAGAUAUAAAUCCUGGACACGCUAUGUGAAAAAGGCGCCGAAGCUUGGUACUCUUGUUUGUGUUUAUUCAAUUCAAUUACCUUUUUUUGGGACUUGUGAGCAUACUAAUGGGUAUGCACUUCAAUAGGAUUGUGAUUUACAUGUGGACUACCAUGAAACAUUGCUUUACUUUCCCCUGUUGACUUUGCUCUGCUAUACUUGACCCAGCGGUCUUGUCGAUUCUUUUUGGGAAAGAAUUAACUACAUAGACCGUCGUGGAAUCUUUUGGAAUGUUUCCCCUUCUUGCCGUUGUUGGUUGCUUUUCCCCUAUACUUUACUAAAUGGUUCUGUGGUUCUUGUGGAGGAAGGUUUUGUACUUUAAGAUAUGCGUGGAAUAUGGUGGAACAUUGUCUACUGUUUCCCUUGUUGGAAGUUCUUGCCUAUACUUUACUAAUUGGUUUUGUGGAUGCCCAUUUAGGAAAGUUUUCAUACAUGGACUUACAUGGAAUCUCUUGGAACGUUUUCUGUUCCUUCCUUUGUGGUUUUGUCUUUGCUAUACUUAACUAAAUGGUAUUCCCAGAGGUCUAGCAUAACAUUACACAAAGUACUAUAUAAGGAGCCGAUUCCCCCCUAAAAUUGACCUUCAGAUGUUUUUUUGGAUCUAUACUCAAACUUUCAAAUGUGUUCUACCUACCCUCAAACCUUCCAACAAGAUUUUUGCUCUCUCUCAACUGGUUUGAGAAGACAUGACGGUGAAUUCUCAUCGACCUCUAACAUUGUUGAAUUGGCUUGCUGCUCCGGAAACUCUCUGGCUCUGAAUCUUUGUGGUUCCACCUAUCCAAAAUCAACUAAUGUCUCAACCUCCACUUUAAAAUAUGCUGCUCCAACUUUGGUCUCUUCUUCAACCUCCACUUUAAAUUAUGAUGUUCCAACUUUGGUCUUUUCUUCAACCUCAUACUUGUCAAGAAAUUUCUUGUCCCCUUUUGCAUCUAAGCUGGCUUGGACCAAGCCUAGAGCUGACCAUCAAUGUAGAUUUUCGCUUGUUCAAUAUCCUUCUUCCGUGUUUUCCGGGAUGCCAUAUUACAAGGUCGAAGUUUCCUUCUUUAUGAACUACAUUGAUGCUCCUCCUCAAGUCCCUGAUCUUCAUGACAAGAACAUUGAAAUUGACAAUUCAGUAACUUCGCUGGACGAAGAUGCUGAAAUUUUCGAUGUUGUUAAUGAGGAGUCUUCUGGGGAUGAACAAGCUGGCUUGAUUGGGGUGGUUAAGAAGUCUUAUCACGAAAAUUGCGAUGUUGAUUGUUCUGAUGAUUGCUUUAAACAACUCAACUCAUCAACUAUUGAACUUUCCUCAAUUCCGAUCUGUGACGAAAGUUCUGAGUCCGAACAAGAGUCUUCUGAAGUUUCUAAACCAUGGUACUAUGACUUUGAUGAACUAGUUGACAUUGUUACCUUUCUUGGUCUGGUUGACCGAGUGUAUUUCUUUGGUCUUGGUCGAGCCUCAGUGGCACCUGCUGAACCUGUUGAGAUUCAAGCUUUAGUUUCUGACGUUGAUUCUACAUUGGAGCCUGGCUUUGAAGACAUUGAAGAUGACAAUUACUUGACUUUCGAAGAACUACUUGACAUUGUUCACUUUCUUGGUCUUGCUCCUAAAUCAACUCCAGUCCGGAAACUCACAUGGGCUGAACAUCUUAGUAUUCAAAAGGUUGCACCAAAGAAGGAGGCAUCGAAGAACAAGACUACCAUUCUUAGGAAAGCUGUUCGAAAGAUUGAUUCAAUUGAAGCUCCAGUCAAAGUUCCAGCUGAAGUGCCAUCCAUUAUUGAGUCUAAGGAUUCUGAGUAUUAUUUCGACUUGCCUUUCUCUUCUGAAAAUCUUAAAGAUAUCGAAGAAUUCUAUGGACUUGACGAACACUUCUCACUUGACGAACUAGUCGAUAUUGUUCAAUUUCUUGGUCUUGCUCCUACAUCAACUCCAGUCCGGAAACUUACCUGGGCUGAACACCUUGGUGUGCAAAAGGUUGUACCAAGGAAGGAAAUACCUUUGAAGAAUAAGACUACCAUUCUUAGGAAAGCUGUUCCAAAGAUUGUUACAGUUCAAGUCGAAGCUCCACCCAUGGUCGAAUCUAAGGAUUCUGACUAUUACUUCGACCUACCCUUCUCCCUGGAAGACCUUGAUGAUUUUGAAGACAAAUGCUUAUCUUUUGACGAACUAGUUGAUAUUGUUCAAUUUCUUGGUCUUUCUCCUAAGUCAACUCCGGUCCAGAAACUUAACGGGGCUGAACAUCUUAGUCCAAAGGUUGAAACCAAUCUUCUAGUUCCUAUCGAGACAAGUGAGCCAUGGUAUUAUGACUUUGAUGAGUUGGUUGGGAUUGUCAACUUUCUCGAAUUAGUUUACCGUCUGGAUUCUUUUGGUACUCAAGCGACUUGUCCACAAGCUUCUGUCGAAUCUCACAACCUUUGGUACUCUGAUUUUGAUGAGCUUGUUGACAUUGUCCAUCUUCUUGGCUUUGGACCUGCUCAAUUAGAGUGUGCUGAGAUCACUACACCUUGGUACUCUGACUUUGAUGAGUUAGUGGACAUUGUCCAUCUACUUGGCUUUGGACCUGCUCAAUCAGAAUCUGUUGAGAUCUCUAUACCUUGGUACUCUGACUUUGAUGAGCUUGUUGGCAUUGUCCAUCUUCUUGGCUUUGGACCUGCUCAAUCAGAAUCUGUUGAGAUCUCUACACCUUGGUACUCUGACUUUGAUGAGCUUGUUGGCAUUGUCCAUCUUCUUGGCUUUGGAACUCAACUUUCUCCAGUUCCCAAAAAAACUUGGGCUGAACAUCUCAGUAUCAGAAAGGUUCCAACUACGAAGGCGAUUUUAUCCAAGAAAUCUACAAUUCUUGGAGAAUCCCUUCAAAAGAGUGGAGAAAUACCUGUUCCUGUCAAGAGGCUCAUCAAUAAGAGUCUCCUGGCUAAGAUUUCUAAUCAGUCUAAUCCUAAUAAGAGCUGCUCUGGGAAGCAUUCGCCAAAUGAAUCUACUCCAAUGGAAAUUGUUUGCAACAAACCUCCAGUGAACCAUAUUCCUGAGAAGAUUCAAGUGACGUCUGCACAAACAUUGAAACCAACUCAAACUUGGGCUAAUCAUUUGGCAAUCAAGAGGGUUUCAAAAGUGAAGUACAUGCGAAUCAAAUAGAGUCUAGCACCUCACCUUCAAUUCAUAUUUUAAAUAUAUAUUUCAUAUAAUAAACAUAAUAAAAAAGAUGUCUUAGAUAUG